AGCGAGGCACAGACGGGAAGUGCAGUGGCCCCAGGUGCAGCUCGAAGGGACGGGGGCCCCCAGCCCCGGGCAGAUGCAGUGUCCAACUUGAUGCCACCCUCCGGCGUCUCCGGACUCAAGAGGCGAUGGAUGCAGCCACAGCUCCACAGCAAGCCUGGCCCCCGUGGCACCCCCUUCUUUUCCUGCUCCUCCUGCCUGGAGGUAGCAGUGGUAGCUGCCCUGCCGUUUGUGACUGCACCUCCCAGCCCCGAGCCGUGCUCUGUGCCCACAGGAGACUAGAGGCUGUCCCUGGGGGACUCCCGCUGGACACUGAGCUCCUGGACCUAAGUGGGAACCGCCUGUGGGGGCUUCAGCGGGGCAUGCUUUCCCGACUGGGCCUGCUCCGGGAACUGGACCUCAGCCACAACCAGCUCUCGGCCCUGGAGCCUGGGGCCUUCCAUGGCCUGCACAGCCUGCUCACCCUGAGGCUACAGGGCAACCGGCUCCGCAUUGUGGGGCCCGGGGUCUUCUCGGGUCUGUCUGCCCUCACGCUGCUUGACCUCCGCCUCAACCAGAUUGUUCUCUUCCUGGAUGGAGCUUUCGGUGAGUUAGGCAGCCUCCAGCAGCUGGAGGUUGGGGACAAUCACCUGGUGUUUGUGGCUCCAGGGGCGUUUGCAGGACUGGCCAAGUUAAGCACCCUCACCCUGGAGCGCUGCAACCUCAGCAUGGUGCCGGGCCUGGCCCUGGCCCGGCUCCCAGCACUAGUGGUCCUUAGGCUCCGGGAACUGGAUAUUGAGAGGCUGCCGGCCGGGGCGCUGCGGGGGCUGGGGCAGCUAAAGGAGCUGGAGAUCCACCACUGGCCAUCUCUGGAGGCUCUGGACCCUGGGAGUCUGACGGGGCUCAAUCUGAGCAGCCUGGCCAUCACUCGCUGCAACCUGAGCUCUGUGCCCUUCCAAGCUCUGCACCACCUGAGCUUCCUCAGGGUCCUGGAUCUAUCUCAGAACCCUAUCUCUGCCAUCCCAGCCCGGAGGCUCAGCCCCCUGGUUCGGCUCCAGGAGCUGCGACUCUCAGGGGCCGGCCUCACUUCCAUCGAGGCCCACGCCUUCCACGGCUUGUCCACCUUCCACCUGCUGGAUGUGGCCGAUAACGCCCUUCAGACCCUGGAGGAAACGGCUUUCCCUGCUCCAGACAAACUGGUCACUCUGAGGCUGUCUGGCAACCCCCUCACCUGUGACUGUCGCCUCCUCUGGCUGCUCAGGCUCCGGAGCCGCCUGGACUUUGGCACCUCCCCGCCUGCCUGUGCCAGCCCCCAGCAGGUCCGGGGGAAGAGCCUGAGGGAGUUUUCAGACAUCCUGCCUCCAGGGCAUUUUACCUGCAAACCAGCCCUGAUCCGAAAGUCUGGGCCCCGGUGGGUCAUUGCCGAGGAGGGAGGACACGCCGUUUUUUCCUGCUCGGGAGAUGGAGACCCAGCCCCCACGGUCUCCUGGAUGAGGCCUCAGGGGGCUUGGCUGGGAAGGGCAGGGAGAGUCAGGGUCCUAGAGGAUGGGACACUGGAGAUCCGCUCAGUACAGCUGCAGGACAGAGGGGCCUAUGUCUGUGUGGUCAGCAACGUAGCUGGGAAUGACUCCCUAAGAACCUGGCUGGAAGUAAUUCAAGUUGAACCACCCAACGGCACUCUCUCUGACCCCAACGUCACCGUGCCAGGGAUCCCAGGGCCUUUCUUUCUAGACAGCAGGGGUGUGGCUAUGGUGCUGGCAGUUGGCUUCCUCCCCUUCCUCACCUCAGUAACCCUCUGCUUUGGCCUGAUUGCCCUCUGGAGCAAGGGCAAGGGCCGGGUCAAACACCAUGUGACCUUCGACUUUGUGGCACCUCGGCCCUCUGGGGAUAAGAACUCUGGGGGAAAUCGGGUCACUGCCAAGCUCUUCUGACUUUUCCUUCCACCCAGGGGAUCCAGACAAGUCCAAUUCAGACACCCAAGGGAAAGACAGAACCAAGGCCACUUGGACCAGAACCUCAUCCCAAGCAGCCCAGAUCUCCCCAACCCGCCACCUGCCUCUUGCCAGCAAGUAGUGACGCCUCCUGAGAAAGGGGCUGCUGUCCGUGCCUUUCCAGUCUGAGGACAGCACCGUCAUCUCUUCUCCAAGGGUGCAAGGAUUUGGAGAUCUAGACCCUGUAGUCCACCCAGCCCUCCCUUCAUCCCCACCCCAUGUGGGGCAGGAAACAACCAAGGUUCCAGUCUGCCACUCUAACCACUAGGCUUUCUUCGCACAAUUACAUUCUCUAAUAAUCAAUACCAAUUGCAACCAUAGCCAAGAUUGUUUUGGAGGUGAGACUCACAAGUGCCACUUGCUUCUUGGGGUCUUUGCUCCUUACCCAGGAAGUUUCCCUUUCUUUUCUACUCCCCAUCACACUUCAGCCCCAGGCUGUAAGUGUAAGGAACUAGAGGCCAGGAUCCUCAAGCUAGGAGAAGAGGAUGCAUGCGUGAUAUGGGGGAAGAUGGACCACACACUGGGCUGUGUCUGCAUGAGCCAACACCUUCCUCUAUCUGACCAUUAAACCUGCUGCCAAAAGGUCACUACACUCGCAGCCAAAACAAAACACCAUCUCUGGAACGUUCUUUACUUCAGUCUAUUUCCUCCCGUCUACCCCUUUCUGCCUAUUGACCAUGUGACCCAAUGGCCUCACCUCCACCUAACCCAGUUUGACAUACGGGGUAAGGGGGCCUACCAGCCUGGAAAGAUCAGCGCUCCCAGCUCCUUUCGGUCUCAAUCCUUUCCCUUUUACUCCCCUUCUCUGGAGCUGGGGCAACUUCCAGGGGAUCCCGGUGCAAAAAUCCCAGCUUAGGAUACCCAGCUCCUCCCCUCCUUUCUAGUUUUUCUGGUGUCAGAUUCCCUACUGCACUGGUGGGGAUAAAGCUAGAGGAAGCCCCGAGAAAAUGACUAACAAAUGCAAAGCUGUCAAAGGAGAGAGACCCAGAUUGCAGAAGGUGCUAGGCUGAGGGACAAGGGAGGGCAGCCCAGCGAGUGGGAAGUGGAGGGGGAAGGAGCAGCAGGAUCUGCCUGCCUGGUUACUUUCCACUUCCCUUCUGUAGCAGUCCUGGUCUGUGUUUGGCACAGCCCUAGUGGGAAGCCGUCUCUGGACAGACGUCACCCAGACAGGGAAGUGGAGGGAAGGUUUGGAACUGCUGACUACCACAAAGUGUUUCAAACAGAGGACAAAGCCAAGCCCCAAAAAGUAGAGAUGCUGAGUGCUCAAGAGAUCAGGCGACAGUCUCAGCAUCACCAGAAGGGGAGGAGCAAAAAGGAGCCCAGCGGAGCAGGAGGAGGGACUGACAAGGGGAGAAUCACGUGGCCCCAGGGAGCCUUGCUUGCUCUGCAGCAGCAUCUGCCCAGCGUCCUUAGUUCCCCUCCUCCUCUGGAUCGCCUCCCACCCCAUACCAAACCACAGGCGAACAUCAUGAGCUUCCUAGCCGCUGCUGUUUGUCCUUGGUCUGAGGAGACUCCACUCUUACUACAGUCCCAGCUCAAACUGUCCCCGACAGGUGAGGGCAGCCAGUGCUACGGAGGAGGCAGAGCUGGACUUGAGGCCAGGCAACUGCUCAGUGGGGCACAAGUGAAUGUGAGAAGCCAUCAGUUUGGGGUGUGACUGAAGAAAUCAACAUCCAUGAGAAAUAGGUAUCCCGAGUCCUCCUGCCAAACUCCCCCACUGUGCACAACUCAGUCAGCAUCCCAGGGGCUCCCCCACAACCUCCCCCAGCUUAUUAGCUUAGGACUUGGGAGUCUGGCGCCAGUGGCUCUCAGUCUACUGGUCCUCUCUGCAAUGCAGAUAAGGGCAGAAGCAGCCCUGCUGUUGGAGAAAUCUCCAUGUGGCCCCUGGGGCGGGCAGUCAGGAACAGAUGAACGUCUGGCACAGGGUUCUGUGCCACCAAAGUCUCAAGAGCAGAGAUGCCAAACAGAAAAAGAAGUUGAGUCACAUGUGUAAAUUCAAAUUUUCUAGGGGCCCAUUGAAAAAGUCAAAAUGACGCAGUAUGAUUAAUUUCAAAACUAGAUUUUAUUUAACCCAAUGUAACCAAACUAUUUUUAUUUCAACAUGUUAUCAAUAUAAAAAUCAGUGAGGAAACACUUAA